UUGAGUAGAACGGAAGAGAGUUUAUGGAGAGACAAAUCAUGAUGUCUGAUUCCAGAGUAUCUUCUGUCAUCCAGGAAUGGGUGAGCUCAUGUUCGGGCCAGUCCGGCGGCUCCACCCUGAGCCCGGUCUCCUCCAACCAGCCUGUGCCGGCCAGCCAGAUGAUGCAGAUGGACAUGAUGUCAUACGGCCAGCCCCAAGGGCUGCUGAGAGGGGGACUGGACGACAGAGUGGCCGAGCAGAUGAUGGGUCUGCCGUACCUCCCUUACUCAACUUCCUGCCUCAGUAACACCACCAACUCAGAUAAUACAAACCACCAGAGCCAUGCCAACACUCAGCAGGAAUUCUCCCCCUUCCUGCUUCCUACUAUGCGGGCCCCGGUGACCAAGAGAAGUAUCAGCAAAGAUAGCGAGGAGUACCGUCUGAGACGCGAGAGGAACAACAUCGCCGUGAGGAAGAGCCGGGACAAGGCCCGCAGGAGGAUAAUGCUGACCCAGCAGAAGGCCAUGCAGCUGCAUGAAGAAAACCAGAAGCUGCAGAUUAGGAUAGGGCAGCUCACGCAGGAGCUGGACACUCUGAAACACAUCCUGUCACAGAGGCACCUGCAGGGAGCCGAAGAGGGAGCAGCAGGGGAGUCCAGCAUCUGAACGCCGAGAAAAGCAUCAGUUCUUUGCAAUAACAACUACUUACAGACAUCAUAUGUAUUACCGUCAUCUACAGGCCUAGCACUGGAUGUUUCACCUACAGAAUUGAGCUGGAGGGAACAGUUAGAGAUCUGCUUGUUUUACAUUUUGGCUGUGAACCGACCAGCAACAUCAUAGCUGCGUUUUAGACAGUCGGAAGCUCACUUUUAUCACAUAAAUGUAUUUUUUUUCAGUAGUCUGCCCCCAUUGAUUUGAAUUUUGUCACCCCUGUAAAACCUUUCACUGGUACAGACAGUUAAAAGACAUUUACAAUGCUACACUGAACACCUUAUUAGCAGUAACAUCCCCCAGAGCACAUGCAGACAACUGUAAAUAACUUGAAUACUAACCGGCCUUUUUAAAUUCUGCUUUUCAUGUAUUAAGUUGUGAGCUAUUGCAGCUUUUUGAAAAAGUUUGCUGUCCUUUUAAAUCCUAAAUAGUCCAUCUAUUUCCCCCCCAAAUUGAACCAGUUAUCCAUCAGUUUUGUGUGCAGUUAGAACAAUUUGCAGCUUGCUAGUUAGCAAGGCAUGCUAAUACGCUUGUAAUCGUGUUAAGGUACAUAAACACAAUCUGUAUUUUUUAUAUAUUUGGUUUUGUGUGUUUUAAGUUUCGUGAAGUCUGAAAAAAUAAUCCGUUUUGUCAAUUAUUCUGCAUGGUGACUGCGUGUGGUUUGCCAUGCUGACCAUCUUAAAGAGCAUAUGGAUAAAGGGAGUUUACCACAGAAUUAAUUUCUUUCCCUGCUUGACAAUGAAUUUAAACGAUGGCACAAUGUCUGCUGGAUGGAUGGCUUGCUAAAAAUUUUACAAAACAUUAAAUAUCUGCUUUACACUCUGACAUUUCUAUGCAAUUAACUGACCAAUCAGAGAAAGGGGGCUUAAAUAGACAAGAGCUGCAAGAGGUUUUUUUAGAUGUCUGAAACAGGAAGUGCUCCCAGCAAUUUGCAUUUCAAGUUUAUUUGUUUUUAAAGGGUUGUAAACGUGUAUGUUUGUACCUGACUUUCUAAGAAGGAAAUUUGAAUCUGUCGCUUUUUAAGAAUAUUGAGAAAUUAAAUGUUGCUAACAUAUGUCACAAAGUUAUAAACGUCAAGCUCUGAUUGGUCAAUGUUUAUCUUUGAGGUUUGAGCAGAUGAUACUACGAUUAACUAAAUAAAGAAAUUUUAAUAAAGAAAUUUGAAUUUUUUUCUUGUUAAG